GAGCCAAUAUGAGGCCAACGUUGUUAAAUUCCGUUUGGGAAAGUACAUUCCUCCCUGGUGUGACAAAGAUCGCGCAGAUGCAAUGGAUGAUAAUUUCCAUGAUAUCAGGUAUAAAUAAAACAAUCACAAUAACGCAGUGACAGUUAAUUUUAACUACGUUUCACCGACGGUCUUCAUCGAGUUAUUCCCACCAAUAAUCAGAUAAUUAUCGUCUGCUUAUCAUCAUGGAAGGACGCGGUAAGUUCGUCUCGGUUUGGGCGUUGAUUCUCUUCGUCGGUCCGUCCAUCGUCAGGUUUUCUGGAGUGGAUGCAGCGAUGUGUGGAUGCCCACCGCUAUGGACUGGCUUUAAUGACAAUUGUUACAGAUACUUUUCUUCAGAGAACAUGACCCACUUCGAUGCCGAGCUAGCCUGCCAAACUUUCACUACACCAUGUGGCGAGGAAACAUCUUCAAGUUCAGUGGGUCAUCUUGUUUCUAUCCAUUCCCAAGACGAGAUGGACUUUAUCUCUGUCAUGUACGAGACACUACGAUCCAAAAGGCCGGGGCUAGGCACACGGGUGUGGAUCGGCCUACACGAUCGCGCUUUGGAAGAUUCUCCAGAUUGGACCGAUGGAACGCAAUACGAUUAUUCAAACUGGGCACCUGGCCAGCCUAACGAUCAAAAUGGAGCAAGUGAUUGCGUCUACUUUUCUAGACAUCAACUUUACAAGUGGAAUGACAUUGCAUGCACCCUUUCUAGCCGUGUCGAAGCUUAUAUCUGUAAGAUUCGACAAUGGUAAUUUUGUGUACCAACGUGGCAGUACACAUCGGGGGGAGGGGGGGGGGGUCAUGCAAGGUGACAGCUAAACUUAGAAAACUCAAUUUUUUACAGAAAUAUUUUACAAGAUUCGCCAAAAGUGUUCGCGGUAUCUUACAAUUUCUCUUUAGAAAACGCAAAAGUUCUCCAAUAACAAGCGCCGCGGUCGCUUCGCUCCCUCGCUUUUGAGUUUCGUCAAUAACAUAUGAUACGGGUACGUUCUGCCCCCCCCCCCCGACAAAAAAAUUGUGUGUACGGCCAUAUGUAAAAGUUUGGUUUAUAGGCUAUACUGAAUACAUCAGCUAGGUGUAAUUGAUAUUCUAGUCCUAUUUUACUGUUUUUUUACUAUUUUUUCUUAUAUAGCAUUUCUCACUAAAUACAAUACAGUAAGAAAUGUGACUGAUCUAGUCAAUUAGACAUGUUGUGUUUUAGAGUGCUUUAAUGAUGGCGACUGUCAUAGGACGUUCUAAAUGUGGAUUAAAAAGUAGGCGUAUUAUUAUUCUGGAAUCAGAAAUCCGUAUGUGCAGAAAUCCAGUAGGACUAUAUGAUGUUUUAUAACAUUUCCAAAGGGCUCAGAAUUCUUUAAAAUGUCUUAAUACAUACAUUAAUACAUUUCAUUCCUCAUGAAACAUUUUUUUAUCAUGUCUGUUUCUUGAUAUUUUUGUUAAAAUGAAUGAAUGGUUUUUCGUAUUCGAUUUUGAAUAAAAUAUUUCUAUCGAAGAAAAAGAUAA